CCCCGCCCGCGCCGCCGCGCCGCCCGGGAGCUGCCUGCGGUCACCGUGCGCCCGGGUGCCCGCCGCUGGGCAGCGAGGAGCGCGCGAGCCGGGAGGCCAGCCCGACCCCGCGCCCCGGGCUGGAAACUUCCGCGGGCGCCCAGCCUGGGCUCUGGCGCAGGGCCGGGACGGGAAAGAAACUACAAGAUAUCUAUGGGGCCAUAUCUAUACCAGCAACUUAGAUGACUUGAAUGAGUAUGGGGUUCUUAGUUUUUCAAGAUCCACGUAUACCAGAUCCUUCAGCACAACUGCUGUGUUCAGGCUUUCUCUGGUUUUGUGAAGACUGAGCAAAAGUCUGACGAUGGGAAGUCAGAAGACUUGAUUUCUUGCCUCAGCAGCACCCAGCCUCACCUGAAAAGUGAAGCAGAGAGUAAGAUAGCCAUGGCCGAAAACUCAAGUUUAUGGAAGAACUUGAUAGACGAGCAUCCGGUCUGCACCGGAUGGAAGCAAGAGGCUGAAGGAGCCAUUUAUCACCUGGCCAGUAUUUUAUUUGUAGUAGGUUUCAUGGGUGGCAGCGGAUUCUACGGGCUCCUUUAUGUCUUCAGUUUGCUGGGGUUGGGUUUUCUUUGUUCUGCUGUCUGGGCGUGGGUAGAUGUCUGUGCAGCCGACAUCUUUUCCUGGAAUUUUAUAUUGUUUGUCAUCUGCUUCAUGAAAUUUGUCCAUAUUGCUUAUCAAGUUCGCAGCAUAACCUUUGCCCGAGAAUUCCAGCUAUUAUACAGCUCCAUUUUCCAACCUCUGGGGACCUCUAUGCCCAUCUUCAGAAUCAUUGCUUUGAGCUCUGAUGUGGUGACUUUGGAAAAGGAGCACUGUUAUGCCAUGCAGGGGAAAACCUCCAUUGAUAAACUCUCCUUGCUUGUUUCAGGAAGGAUGCGGGUGACAGUUGAUGGAGAAUUUCUGCAUUACAUUUUCCCCUUCCAGUUCCUGGAUUCUCCUGAAUGGGACUCCCUGAGGCCCACCGAGGAAGGCACUUUUCAGGUUACCCUCACAGCAGAAACGGAUUGUCGAUAUGUGUCUUGGAGAAGAAAAAAAUUAUAUUUGCUCUUUGCUCAAUAUCGUUACAUCUCCCGGUUGUUUUCAGUUUUAAUUGGCAAUGACAUUGCAGAUAAACUAUAUGCCUUGAAUGAUAGGGUAUACAUAGGGAAAAGAUACCAUUAUGAUAUUCGGUUACCCAACUUCUAUCAAAUGUCCAGUUCAGAAAUGUCCAAAUCACCUGAUUAAACAUUUUCAGAAAUCUAAACACUACUGUAAUAAACGACAUCCCCAUUUGAAAUUUUAUAAUUAUAUUUUUAAAAAGACUUCUUCAUUCCCCAAAGGAAAGAGCAAAAUACAGAAAACUGAACUCAUUCAUAUUUUUAUAAAUCAAACUUAUAGGCACGAUAUCAUUGUCUGCUGUUUUACUCAUCUCAACUUGGUCAUUGCAUAUCAAUUUUGCCAGCUUUAAUUGUAUUUCUUAUCAGAACAAGUGGAGGGAGGAUGUAUAACUACAGGCAAUUGGCUCUUUUCUGUAUCAGAACUGGGAGAAUGAAAUUUUGCAUUCUCUAAAAUUUUCUCAGAUUUAUUCAAAUCUGUCAUCAUGCCCUAUGGAGUUCAGAGUUGCUUCUCAAGAAGCAGCCGGCAAGUAUUCUCAGCACGACUGGGUCACUACAGUCCACAAUGACAUUUCCAGAAUUCACUUUUUCUACAACCUCUGGUGAAUGCAAGCUGUAUUAUUGUGAUAUGCAGCGAUUAUUUAUGUUAAAUGUGAAGUUACUUCAUAUGACUAUCAAGUAGAAUAAAUGUGAGAUCAUCAUAUGUCAUUCUUAAAGGCUUUUAUUGUCACCAGUACUUCAUCUGCUUUAUCUUUGCAGGGACUUAUUUUCAAGAAGGCAUUUAAUGAAAAACAUCGUUGCAUAAUUACUAAGUAAAAAGAAUUCCAUGAGUAAAUAUGAAAUGUGUUGCACCAUAUUUCAACUUCACAGGUUCAACAGAAAAGGAAAGAGCGAGUGGUUGGUCUGGAUGCUGAGGGUUGCAGAGUGAAGACUCCCCCCAGCACACAUGGGAGUCUUUAUGAAAAAGAGAAUAAGAAUGAGAUGGAGCCUCAGCCACAGACCUGGGCCCUGUCUGUACAAGACUGACUUUGAAGGUCAUGUGCAGGCCACCUUCUUUGGUAGAAAGAUAAAUCAUCAUACAUUCACCAAAUGGGUGUGAAGCGCCAACAAUGGCUCCAGGGGCUGACUUGAGUGAGCACUGCAGAAAUUUUAGGCAACUAAAAAAGAUAUUCAGUCCUCAUAAUGCUUGCAUCCUGGGCAUGAGGGAAACAGACAAUAGACUAAGUCAGAUUUGUCUAGGAUUAGAAAGAUACAGCAGCAGGAUAAAGAUAAAUCAGGGCGGGUGGGUAGGAAGGGGCUUUGCUGUAUGAAUAAGGUGGGUGAGAAAAGCCUGAGUGAAAAGGUUAUGUUUGAGGAAAGGUGAAAGGAAGAAAGCAUGUGGAUAUCCGGAGUGGGGAGAACAAUAUCCGCAGAGGCAAAAGCAAAUGAGGAGGCUUUUAGGCAUGACGACUGGUCUAUUCUGGGAGCUGUGAGAAGACAGUGAGCCUAGAGCAGAAGGAGUGUUAGGAAAGAUUGGAAAAUUGGGUAUAAGGACUUUGACUUUCAUUCUCAGGCUGGCCAGAGACUAUGGAGGAUUGGGAGGCUUUUAAAUAGAAAAGUGAUGUGAUCUGCCCUGUGUUUUAGAGGGAUUCUGAUAGCUAGCCUCUAGAGUAGGUUGGAGGGGAGCAGGGAAGGCAAGGGUCCUGGAAGGGGAGAUCAGUUAUUGUGAUCACUAGACACUGGAAUGGAUUGUUGGGUAAACCCAGAUGAGUUCAAGAGAAUGAUCUGAACUGGGAGAAAGAUUUGGGAGUGUUUUCAUAGAUGGUCUUUCAAACCGUGAGGUCAGUAGGUAAAGUAUUUACCUUGCAAUGCAUCUGGCCUGAUUUUGAUCCCCGACAUCUUACAUGGUUUCCUGAGUGCCAACAGGAGUAAUUCCUGAGUGCAGAGCCAGGAGUAACCCCUGAGCAUUGCUGGGUGGGUGGCCCAAGAACAAACAAAGAAACAAAAACCCGAACUAUAAAACCAAUGGGAGAGCCAAGGAAAUGAAUGUCUAGCAUAAGAAAAAUUUUCCAAAGGCAUUUCUUUAGGAUAGUAUAUUGUAAAGAUAGGGAGCUGUAGAAAGAUGCCCAGGAGGGAAGAGAAGGAAUGAUUGGCAAGGGAGGAAAGCAAUCAUUGUGUAGGUCCAAAAGGUCAGGUGAAAGAAAGUGUUUCAAAGAAAAGGGAGCAAUAACUGUCCUAGAUGUGGCAGAUAGGCCAAGUGUGACAGGUCUGAGAAUAGCUUAUUGAGUUGGACACAUGACAAGCACUGGGGAACUUGAUGGGUUAUGCGGUCACUGGGAACCAGUUGCAGGGAUAUGAGAGGCAAGGAGUUGGGAAGCAAGUCAAAGUCAGAUUUUCAAAAACCUCUGAGGGUGAGGCAGGAAUCACCAGCAGUGCUUAGGUGUCAGGGCUCAGCCAUACUGGGCCAAAGAAUUUGGGCCUGAUGGUUCAGUGAUUGGGCUGGGGGGAAUGGCCAUGGGGUGCUCUGGGCCCAAUAGAUUCAAACGUGGGGUCUUUGCAUGCAGAGCAUGUACUUCAGUCCUUUGGACUAGCUCCCCAGUUCCUUUUUAAGAAGUUUUGAUGGCAAAUGAAAUAGAAAUAGUAGCCUGAGGUAGAAGUAGGAUUGAGAGAGAAAUUGCUUUUAAUGCAAGAAAAAUAAUGGCAUGUUAGCAGGCUGAUGGGAGUGAUCCCGAAGGCAGGCCUGAAUUGCUGGAAUAAUGACCUUGAGUGAAUAAUGAUGGGAUCUGGUGACCUUCAACAUAAACUAGAUGUCAUUUUUCUUUAUUCAAUUAUGUCUUGUUUUAUUUAUUUGGGGGGCCUACCAAGUGGUGCUCAGUGAUUCCCGUCCAUCAGGGCUGGUAGUUCAAUGCAAAGAACUGAGGUUGUGGUGCCGCUCAGGCCCCAUAGUCGAGGAUUACCCAGGCCACCCCAGAGAUGCUGAAAGGACCAUAUGUUAUGACAGGGACCAAAUCAGAGGCCACAGCAUACAAGGCGAGUGUCUUAACCCCAGGACUAUCUCUCCCACCCUGUCAUUUCUUCUUUUUGUGGGGGUAAAUGAUGGAUGAGCACUUGCAGGCAGUGCUUGAGGCACCUUUGGUGCCAAGGAUCAAACCUUUAAGCAUUAACUUGGACAGUUAGUCCUUAGCAAGUGAGGAAGGCAGAAAGCUGGAAGUGCAGUUGCUGGCAAGUGGUGAGAGCUUGUGAACAUUGUCUCAUGAUUCUUCCUAUUUUCCAGUGCCAUAGAAAGCAAAGUCAACAAGGAGAAUCGGGGGAGGGGGAGAGGAUUGGGAUCACGUAAAGUGCCUUGCUCUGUGUGUAUGUUAGCAUCUGUAGUUCGUAGGAUAAUGUGACAAAGCCUGAAUCCAUCUAGAAGAGCUAUCGAACUAUUCAAGGUAGGUAUAAACUAAAGGCAUAGUAAGAGUUCAUUUCUUCUCAUGACUGGCUGUUAGGGCAAGUUUCUCUGAGCAGAUGAAAGGGCAACUCUAGGCCUGGUGCAAUGCAAGGCUUUCUGAAAGCACAUACUGGCUGGCCAGCAGGCUGCAUAAUGAUCUCGGAGAAAAUCGUUCCCAUGAGUCAUUAGAACUUUAUGUCACAGAGGAGCCGGGGAGAUGCCUCAAAUGGUUGGAACACAUGUUUGGCAACUGGGGGCUCUGGAUUCCCUCCCCAGCACCUCAUGGUCACCUGAGCCACUGACUUAUGUGUCAGAAUGGUCACUGAUCACCUCUUAGUGUUGCCCAGAAAACAAAAACAGAUGAAACACAGAACUUCCUGAGUAGAAGACCAACUUAGAAGCAGCUAAUACUUUUUUAUUUUGUUUUGUUUUGCAGGGCUGCUCUCGGUGGUGCUCAGGCUUGGCUCUGCAAAAAGGGCUUACUCCUGGUGGGGUACCCGGGAUCAAACCUGGGUGUGCCACAUGCAGGGCAAGCCCCUAACCCACUGUAUUAUCUCUCUGGCCCCAUAAGACCAGCUAAUAAUUUAACUGGGGUUUCUUUUCAAAUUGCUUGCUAACCACGAGCGUCAAUUAAAGCGAAGUCAGUCACAUCAAAAUAAGAUGUAGUUUUUGGCUCAAAUGUGGUGGUGGAGAGAUUUAAAAAAAAUUACAGAUAUGUUUUAUAAAAAACCUUACCCAUUUUAUGAAGAGGAGGAAGGCAAACAAACAUAAGAGAACAAAGGGAUGUUAUGAAGCAUCUCCACACUUGUCUGUAGGGUUGUGACCAUCCCUCUAAGUAUCUGUCAUUUUACUAUACUGUCAUUUUUACACUAGUUUGCACCCAUGUUUUCUCACUUCAAGAAAUAAACAAUUGUUGAGAUAC